CAAGCAGUUGCGACGGUGGAGUGAUUACAGUCGAUGUUUCAAACAGCAUUCUAGUGGAUUCUGUUACUGCAAUGGCGCAAAAUCAGCUACCAGCUGCUUUUAUACAGUCCACAGAAGAUUUAAAUGACCAUGAUGAAACCACAAAAUUAACUUUAGCAUAUGAAAGACUGUACGAGCUGCCUACAACAAUUAUUGAAAGAUUCUGUGACCAUGUCCAGUAUUUGGAUAUAAGUCAUAAUAAAAUAACAAAUCUAGAUGGGUUAGUCCACUUCAAACUCCUGACAACAUUAAUAGCAGAUGACAAUCCCAUAACUGAGAACUGCAGUUUUCCUCCCAUGCCCAAAUUACAAUUACUGUGGUUAAACCGUUGCAAAAUAGCAUCACUAUACCCCUGGGUGAGCAAACUCAAAGAGUCAUGUCCUAACCUCCAAUACUUGUCUCUUAUGGGCAACCCGGCAGCUCCCAGCUACUUCAACGGAGGCACCUUCUAUGAGUAUCUUCAGUAUCGGUUGUUCGUAAUAUCACAAUUUCCUUCGCUACUUCACCUCGAUGAUAGAAAAGUAACAGACGAUCAGAGAGAGGAAUCUCAGAGACUGUACAAACGUCCAUUUCUAGAGAGAAUAGUGAAGCCGGGCUCUAAAGGUAUGCAACUAAUAAAUGGCUCACUAAACUGGAACUCAAUGCAUAACAAACUUUCUUUAUUUUGGAACAAGGAGAAGGUACAGAGAAGAAAUUUACUCAUUUAGACUAAAAAGCAGUAAGAUUUCCUCCAAAAAUGUAAUGAAAUUUGCUAUGACUCUGCAUAAUGGAUCAAAUUUGCUCAACUAUUCGUUACAAUAUCUGCAAUUUAGUUCUUAUUCUAAGUACCUUGAAUAAGUUAGGUGCCAAAUACUAUUGUUCCAGUAAUACGCGAAUAAUUUCUAAGAAAAUCUGUCAUCAUACAUUUCGUAUUCGACCAUUAUGUUCAAUAUAUAAAUAAAUAUUAAAUAGUAAUUUAUAUUAUAUAAGUAUAUAAGUAUGUUAUUAACAGAGCUUCUGUAGAUAAGUUAAGAAAUUUUUGAUUGCGUCUUAUU